CUUUAACUGGUAUCUAUGACUUUUUUAUCUUUGCAGAUCAAAGUGGUUGGUGCAGAUAGCAGCCCCAUUGCAAACCAAGCAGUCUACCUUUAUGUUCAAGACUCACUGACGUUCACCCUCUAUACGGAUCAGAACGGCCUCGCUACGUUUUCUCUGGACACAUCCUCGUGGUCCGAAUCAGUCUCUCUGUCGGCGACCACCAUUAUGAAAGAAAAAAAUGAACAAACUGUUCCUGGAGUUCGGUUUCCUGACUACGGGACGGCCUACCACUAUGUGACAAGAUUUUACUCCAAGAGCAAGAGCUUUGUGGGGUUCAUAGGGGACAGAGUGGAUCUACCGUGUGACAAAGAUGGAUCCCUGCAGGCUCAGUACAUCAUCCAGGGGGAGGAUCUACAGAGAGGGCAAAGGUCUCUUAACUUCUUUUACAUGGUGGAGUCCAAGGGUUCAGUUGUGCAACAGGGCACUGUCCCAGUGGCGGUGAAGCAUAGAACAGUCAAUACAGGAAAGAUAAACAUACCCCUCACCAAGGUGAUGGACCUGGCUCCAGUGGCCCAGGUGGUGGUUUACACCAUGUUGUCAAGUGGAGAAAUUGUGGCCGACAGCCGGGACUUCCCCAUUCAGCUUUGCCUCAAUAACAAGUUACUGGUUCCUUGCUGCAGAUCCAGUGGAUCCACCAGUCUGCAGAAGACCGUCCCUGACACCAUCACUAAGUGGGCAGCUGGAGCUUUCUGCGUGUCUCCUGCUGGCUUUGGCGUUGCCCCCAACGUUGGACUAACAGCCUUCCAGCCUUUCUUUGUCAGCCUCACUCUGCCCUACUCCGUGGUCAGAGGCGAGGUGUUCACUCUCAAAGCCACCGUCUUCAACUACCUCCCCAAAUGCAUCAUGGUGAAGGUAACUCUGGCCAACUCUGAUCAGUUCACCUUCCAGAACUGUGACGGCUGCGUCUACAGCAGUGUGUGUCUGUGUGCCGAGGAGAGCAAGACCUUCUCCUGGAUCGUGACUCCAACUGCUCUAGGUGAUGUGAGUCUGAAGGUUAGCGCUGAGGCUGAGAGGAGCCUCAAGAGAUGUGGCAAAGAAAAGGUCACAGUCCCUACUGAGGGCCGGAUCGACACUGUGAUUACCAACCUGCUGGUAGAGGCUGAAGGAGUGCCUCAGAUGUUCAGCUACAAUGCUCUACUGUGUCCUGCGGAUGGACCAGUGAGUAAAAAUAUCUCUCUUGAGCUUCCUGAAGAAUUCGUGAAUGGAUCAGAAAGAGCCUCUGUGUCUGUUCUGGGUGAUCUGAUGGGCCGGGCCAUGAAGAACUUGGACAAACUCUUGGCCAUGCCGUACGGCUGUGGAGAACAAAACAUGUUGCUGUUUGCUCCCAACAUCUUUAUCCUGGACUACCUGAAGAGCACCGGACAGCUGAAAGACUCCACUCUGAAGACGGCUGUAGGAUACUUGGAGAGCGGAUAUCAGAGGGAGCUCAACUACAAGCACGAUGAUGGUUCCUACAGCGCUUUUGGAAUGAGCGACCCGUCUGGAAACACCUGGCUUACCGCUUUCGUCAUGAAGUCCUUCAACGCUGCAAAGAAGUACAUCUUUGUGGACCCAAGGAACAUCGAGGACGCCAGAACUUGGCUGUCUGGACUCCAGAAGCCUGACGGCUGCAUCCAGUCUGUCGGGAAACUCUUCCACAACGGCAUGAAGGGGGGAGUGAGUGAUGACGUAUCCCUGACGGCCUACGUUGCUGCUGCCAUGCUUGAAUUGGACGGAAACGCCACUGACCCUGUGGUUCAGAACUGCCUGAAGUGUCUGGAAACUGCACAACCAGGUAAUAUAACCAACCUGUACACCGUCGCCCUGAUGUCCUACACCUUCACUCUGGCUGGAGACGAGGACAUGAGGAGCAAACUCAUCACUCAACUGGACCAGCAGUCCACAAACGAGGGAGGUUCUAUUCACUGGAAGAGAGACGGUGCUUCAGAAACAGACCUGGACUCCGUGGAGGUGGAGAUGACGUCCUAUGUGCUCUUGGCUCUGCUCUCCGGUCCGUCUCUGCCAGACUUUGGUUUGGAUUACGCCGCCGGUAUCGUGCGUUGGCUCGCUCAGCAGCAGAAUCCGUUUGGCGGUUUCUCGUCCACACAGGACACAGUGGUGGCUCUCCAAGCUCUGGCCAAGUAUGCUAGUGCCACCUACAGUCCGGAGGGCAGUACUACAGUCACAGUGACUUCAGCUGGUGGUCUGAACAAACACUUCACUGUGAAUAAGGAGAACAGACUUCUUUACCAAGAGGAGAAACUGAGUGAGAUUCCUGGAGAAUACACAAUCAAAGCUGAAGGUCAGAGCUGUGUGCUGGCACAGAUCUCAUUGUUCUACAACAUCCCUCCUCCUUCUGACUUCUCUGCCUUUCAAAUCUCCACUGACACCAGAGGUCGAUGUGACCUUCCCCGACCCGAGUUCAUGCUGUUUGUUCAUGUCAAGUUUCAGGGCAGACGAGAGGAAACCAACAUGGUGGUGAUCAACAUUAAGCUGCUGUCUGGUUACAUUCUGCAGGACGACUCUUUGAAAAUGCUGAAGGAAAACCGCUUGGUGAAGCGUGUGGACGUGGAGGAAGGUUUCAUCAACAUCUACCUGGACGGAUUAAAGAAGGGUCAGAAAGAGACUUUGGAUGUGACCCUGGAGGAGGAUCAGCCGGUCGAAAACCUGAAACCAGCCGUGGUCAAAGUCUACGAUUACUAUCAGACAAGUGAUCAGGCCGUCACUGACUACAAUUCUCCCUGCAAAAAGUGAAAGCUCUGACGUCCAUCUCCUGCUCAACUCCUCCGUGAUUGGAAUUGUGGGGCUAGUGGAGGUUCUAAGCAAAAAUAUACAAAACACAAAGAAAUACUGUAAAAAUCUGUUGCUCUGUUUUAUGAUUCAGUGUGUUCUUCAAUCUAGGGUUGUUCUUUUAGUUCUUUUUCUUAUUUUGUGAAUUCCUUCUAUUGUCUUUAGACAGACUCAGAACCAGCGUUUGGUGUCUGUUCAUGCCUGGUAGAAAAUGUGUCUCAUCAUUAACA